GGAUUCUGGGUACCAGAGUCAGUCUCCGUGGGAAUGGGGCUCUGCUGUAAAUAGGUAGGUGAUUUGGGGGUAAGGGGGAGGGGUAUAGCUUUAAGGAAAGGUGUAUUCCUCUCCCAGCCCCUGGAAAAAAUGAAAAUGUGCUGAAAUAGAAGAAAAAAAAGGAAACGUGAGAAAAGGGGCACAACCAGAGGUGGACAGAAAGAGAGGAGACAGGAGGCUGGAUUUUGUGGAUUCGGAUUCCUAGACUGUCUGUCUGCCCCAGCCCACAGACUGGAUAUCCCAGCCGGAGUUCUGUUAAGCCAUUCUGGCCUGUGAGCCCUCCACUUGCUUCCCUUUCCUCCACCUCUGCAUACUCACUUUCCCCUGCCAUCUGGUUAAUUUUCAUGUCCAUGGUAUAACUUCAACAACCAGGGCAGCACCAUGAUGUGCGAAGUGAUGCCAACGAUAAACGAGGAUAAUAGGAGGGGCUCUACCUAUGGUGCCGAUGAUGGCAACUUUGAACAGUUGAUGGUGAACAUGCUGAAUGAGAGGGAGCGUCUGCUGGAAACAUUAAGGGAAACUCAGGAAAGCUUGUCAACAGCCCAACUUCGAUUGCGUGACCUUGGACAUGAAAAAGAUUCGCUUCAAAGGCAACUUAGCAUUGCUUUACCCCAGGAGUUUGCAGCCCUGACAAAGGAGUUAAACCUAUGCAGAGAACAGCUUUUGGAGCGGGAAGAGGAAAUCUCAGAGCUAAAGGCAGAGCGAAAUAAUACUCGGUUGCUUCUGGAACACUUGGAGUGUCUUGUAUCCCGGCAUGAGCGAUCAUUGAGAAUGACUGUGGUGAAGAGGCAGGCACAGUCACCGGCAGGGGUGUCCAGUGAGGUGGAGGUUCUAAAGGCCUUAAAGUCCCUUUUUGAGCAUCACAAAGCACUGGAUGAAAAGGUCCGUGAGCGACUAAGGGUGGCACUGGAAAGAGUAGCUGUGUUAGAGGAAGAACUUGAAGUUUCCAGUCAAGAGGUUCUUUCCUUAAGAGAACAGCUGACAAGAAGGAAAAUGGGUGUGGAUGACAGCAGCAAAGAUGGCGACCUACACAGCAUGAGAUUGCCAAAUGGGUCGGUCCACUUAGAUCUGGAUGGCCGAGAUUCAGAGCUGCAGGAACUAGUGGACAAGCAGAGGGUUGAGCUUGCGCAGAUGAAGGAGCGGUUGGCAAUAAUGUGCCGUCAAAUUGCCGAGCUGGAGGAAGACCUCAACACAGCCCGUAAGGACCUCAUCAAAUCUGAGGAACUCAAUUCUAAAUUACAACGGGAUCUUAAGGAGGCUCUAGCUCAGAGAGAAGACAUGGAAGAGAGGAUAACAACGUUAGAGAAACGGUACCUCAGUGCCCAGCGGGAGGCAACAUCCCUUCAUGAUGCCAAUGACAAACUAGAAAAUGAGCUAGCUAGCAAGGAAUCGCUUUACAAACAGAGUGAAGAGAAGAACCGACAGCUACAGGAAUGGUUGGAGGAUGCAAAGCAGAAACUACAGCAAACUUUGCAGAAGGCUGAAACGUUGCCUGAAAUUGAAGCCCAGCUAGCGCAACGAGUAGCAGCCCUUACCAAGGCUGAGGAAAGACAUGGAAAUUUUGAGGAGAGGCUUCGACAACUGGAAGCACAAUUAGAAGAGAAAAAUCAAGAACUUCAGAGGGCACGGCAACGAGAAAAAAUGAAUGAUGAGCACAAUAAGCGGCUGUCAGAUACUGUAGACAAAUUACUUUCAGAGUCCAAUGAGAGAUUGCAGCUACAUUUAAAGGAGAGGAUGGCUGCCCUGGAGGAAAAGAAUGCUCUGUCUGAGGAAAUAGCUAACAUGAAAAAAAUCCAGGAUGAUCUCUUGCUGAACAAGGAACAGCUAAUGGCAGAGAUUGAAAGGCUGCAGUUGGAGCUGGAUCAGUUGAGGGGGCGUCCUGUUUCCAGUUAUUCCCGGUCUUUACCAGGGAGUGCACUUGAACUUCGCUUCCCUCAGAAUGCUACAGUACCCAUGACUGGCCAUACAGAUCCCUACAGUGCUUCAGGAGUUGUCCGCAGAACACAGAAGGGCCGGUGGGCAGCGCUGAAGGAUGAUCCAACAAAGAUCCAAACACUAAAUGAACAGGACUGGGAGCGAGCACAACAAGCCAAUGUCCUAGCUAAUGUGGCACAAGCAUUUGAGAGUGACAUGGAUGUCUCAGAUGAAGAUGACCGCGAGACGAUCUUCAGCUCAGCUGACCUACUUUCCCCUAGUGGACAGACCGAUGUCCAGACUUUAGCCAUAAUGUUACAAGAACAGCUGGAAGCCAUUAAUAAAGAGAUCAAACUGAUCCAGGAAGAGAAAGAGACAACAGAGCUGCGAGCAGAAGAGAUUGAGAGUCGUGUAAGCAGUGGAACGCUGGAUGGAACACUUGGGCGUUACCGCUCAAGCAGUUCAAUUCCACCCUCAGUUACUACCUCCACCCUAGCCAGCCCUUCUCCACCCAGCAGUGGACACUCCACACCACGGUUAACUCCCCAUAGCCCUGCACGUGAAGGAGAUAAGUUUAACAACAUUCCAAAAGAUGAGUUAAGGGAUGACAAAUCCUUGACCCAGUCUGAAACAACACCACCUCCAACACCACGGGCUGUGCGACUUGAGAGAAUGACUCAAGCCUUACAGGCAACAAUCAUGGACGAAGGUCGGGAUGCUCGUGGCAGUUUACAGGAUGGGCUUGGAAGCAGCAGCAGCAACAGCAGCCAGGACUCUCUGCAUAAAGCUACAAAGAAAAAAGGCAUCAAAUCAUCAAUUGGGCGUCUCUUUGGCAAGAAAGAAAAAGGUCGCUUGGGCCAGGUCGGACGGGAGUCUUCUUCAUUAGCUGGAACACCUUCAGAAGAGAUGUCUCCCGCUGACUUGAUGGGUUUGAAGAUUGCUGGACCAGUAGACAAAGACAGGCGAAGUAAAAAGAAGCAUGAAUUACUGGAGGAAGCUUGCCGGCAGGGCCUGCCAUUUGCUGCCUGGGAUGGCCCAACAGUUGUAUCUUGGCUGGAGCUUUGGGUGGGAAUGCCAGCAUGGUAUGUUGCUGCCUGCAGAGCGAACGUGAAGAGUGGAGCUAUUAUGGCAAACUUGUCCGACACAGAGAUCCAGAGGGAGAUUGGAAUUAGUAACCCCUUGCACCGGUUGAAACUACGUCUUGCCAUCCAGGAGAUGGUGUCCUUAACGAGCCCCUCUGCACCUGCUUCUUCUCGCACGUCUACUGGCAAUGUGUGGAUGACGCACGAGGAGAUGGAGUCCCUCACUGUCACAACAAAACCAGAGACAAAGGAAAUCAGCUGGGAACAGAUUUUGGCAUAUGGAGAUAUGAACCAUGAGUGGGUAGGGAAUGACUGGCUACCCAGCCUGGGGUUGCCACAGUACCGCAGCUAUUUCAUGGAGUCUCUAGUUGAUGCAAGGAUGCUGGACCAUCUCAACAAGAAGGAACUCCGGGGACAGCUGAAGAUGGUAGAUAGCUUCCACAGGGUCAGUCUGCAGUGUGGCAUCAUGUGCCUAAAAAGGUUAAAUUAUGACCGGAAAGAUUUGGAAAGGCGUCGAGAAGAGAGCCAGAAUGUAAUAAAAGAUGUCAUGGUGUGGUCAAAUGAACGGGUAAUGUGCUGGGUCCAGUCAAUUGGUCUAAAGGAGUAUGCCAAUAACCUUCAGGAAAGUGGGGUUCAUGGGGCACUUUUUGCAUUUGAAGACAAAUUUGACCACAAUGAACUAGCAUUGCUGCUACAGAUACCCACUCAGAACACACAGGCACGGCAGGUACUGGAAAACGAGUUUGCCAACUUGAUUUCUUCAGGCACAGAUCGUCGUCCUGAUGAGGACGGAACAAAGACCUUCACUCGCUCUCCAUCAUGGAGAAAGAUGUUCCAGGAGAAAGACUUGAGGGGCAUGAAUUCUGACUCAGCAGAGACGUUACCGGCAAACUUUCGGGUCCCAGUAGCCGCAGUUACCUCACAGGGUGUCCAGCUAAGAAAGAUGCAGUCAGAAGGAAUUCCAAAAAUGGAGAAUUUGGCCAAGGAUGAAUGUUCUUUGUCGACUUUAGUUUUGCUUCUAUCCAAAAAUGAAAUCAUCAGGAAAUGGAAGUUGAAGUACCCCCACCCCAUUACUAAAUUGUAUGCUUUGUUACAUCAUUUGGCUUAAUACACAGAUGCAUCCAAUUGGGCACAGGGAAACAACUAGCACAAACCUGACUUAAAAAUUAAUUGUGAAUUAUUUAAAUGUUUGCCUUGUCUUACAGCUUUGUCUGAAGAAGUUUACACUGUUUUAAACG